GUUAAAGUACAUAAGGUUAAUUUUCAAAUUUCACUAAAUAAAAGGAACUUAUUAUAAAAUAAAAAAAACUUUUAAAAAUAUUUAUUUUAAGAGAUAAAAAUACGUUAAAAGAAACACAUCUCUAUUUUAUAAUUACUCUAUUUUAAAAGAAAAAAAAUUAAGGGAAUACAUUAGAAAUUGUCUAAAACCCUAAAUAUCUUGCGUACAUCAGUUCAUAGUGUUUGGAAAAACUUCUAGUCAAUUGAAAAGUUGACGCAAACCAUAAACUAUCAUUUAUAUACAUGUAAAAUUGUAAACUUUUUUUUUUUUGCUAAAAUAAAAUUGUAAACUUUCUAAAAGCAUUAAUCACAAACACACAAGAAAAUCAUCUCAAGUUAUACUUGUUCCAUAUAUAUACAUAUAUAUUGUUCCAUACAUAUUGUUUAUACGACAAACAAGUCAUUAAAAUGUUUCAUAAGGUCAUCCUCGUACUUCAAAUAAUUAAGACAACAAAUUUAAGAGAAAUUUAAAUUCUAGGAAUAUAAUUCUUAAUGAACUGGCCAACUAUAUGACCGAAGACGCAUUCUUUUCUAAGUUCUAACUAUUUUUUUUUUGUUUUUCUAACUAUUUAACAAUAUAAAUUUCACAAGUGAUAGCUUCGGAAAGUAAAAGAACAUUUCACAAGUUUCCCUGCCACCUACUAUAUAACUUGGUUAUAAUCCUCACUUUUAAGAAGCACCAAAACUUAAAAACUCUAAACGUUCAAAACAAAAAAAGAUGAAAAUCUUUAUCCAAUCUCGAAACCUAAUCUUGGCCACGACCAUUUUCCUCGUUUUUAUUGCUCCCAUAAAAUCACAAGACAGACCAGAAGACUUUUUGGCAGCUCACAACGAUGCACGAGCUGCGGUUGGGGUAGGUCCUUUAACGUGGGACGUUCGGGUGGCUCUUUAUGCCACUACCUAUGCGAACCAGCGUAGAGGCGACUGCGCUUUGAAAAACUCGGAGGGGCCCAAUGGCGAGCCAGGGCCCUAUGGCGAGAAUCUCGCUUGGAAUAGUGCUAGCAUGUCAGCCGCUGAAGCAGUUGAAGCGUGGGUUAACCAGAAAUCUGACUACGAUUAUAAUUCCAACACAUGUGCUGAUCCGUUAACAAAGUGCUUAAGCUAUACUCAGGUUGUUUGGAGAAACUCGGUUAAGUUGGGAUGUGCAAAAGUGAGCUGCAUCAGUGGUGGAACCUAUAUUACUUGCAACUAUGAUCCUCCCGGUAACAUUGUUGGCCAGUGGCCUUACUAAAAGGAGAUAACCUAUGAUCCCCCCUCCUUUGAAUAUGUUUCCAAGUCUAUGUGUUUAUUGUUUGUUUCUAUGCUGUUCAUAUAUAAGCUAAUAAUGAUUGGUUUGUUUGGUCCGGUCGUCUUUUGUACCAUAUUUAUGCGUGUGUUUCUAUAAUGGAAUAAGAAAACUGCAAUGCUACGGCAUGCACUUGCUUUGUUUGCUAUGUAGUAUGUACAAGUCUCCUUUUUUUCAGUUGUGAUAAUAUGCCAAGAAUUUCAAAAUCGUUAGCUGCAUUUUGAUGAAAGCGUUUCCAAACCAUUAGUUGAAUCCUUUUUAAAGAGUUUCCAAACGUUUAGCUUAAUUUUUAUUUUCUCUAUAAUAUGUUUUCUAACAUAGAUCGAUGUACCGUUUUCAUUUUGCUGUUUUUUUUUCUAGAAAUACAUAAUUCUGAACUAGCUAUUAUUUCAUCACCUUGGUUAUCGAGAACUAGGCGAUUGAUGGAAGAAAUCGAUCUUUGAACCAAAAAUACAAGUUUUUUACUCUAAAAUAUAUAAUCCACAGCCAAAACUAAUAAUUUUAGAAAUAUUGUUCCAUCCCCCCUAGCUGUCCUAGAUAGUCAUCACUGUCAGCUCUACGAACAUAUAUAUCACCUCAGUUAAAAAAAAAAAACAUAUAUAUCACCUUUUGCACAUCUAAAACCGAGCCCGUCUCAAACAUAAAAUGGGUCAUGUACUACACAAAUUUUGACACCUAUUUCUUUAUACAAAUUUUUUUUUAACAGGAUCCUAAACUAAGCUGAAAAAAGUUAAAAAAAAAUGGACCCUGUGCAAAUGCACCUCCAGCACUGGGCCAGAGCCGGACCUGUCUAAAAGCAUAGAUAACGUGCGUACAUUUCACAAUGUUUUGAGAGAAAUUGAUUAAAAUAUGCCGAUUACCACUUCUCAAAAAAAAUUUUUAAUCAAAUACUCUAACAUUUGUGUUUAGGAUUUUUAGUAUUUAAAGGUGUGAUUGGGUUUAUUAACUUUUAUAAAUUAUUAUUUAAUAUUUAUAAAUGUUUUAGGAAAGUUAUUUUAAUAUUAUCACAGAUUUAAGGUAUAUAUGAAAAUAGCUAUCUUUCAAACAAAAGUAAAUUUGAAAAUUGGCAGCUAACUUAGGAUAAAGUUAAAAUUCUCCGAAGUUUUGAAAUUGUGUAAGUUAUAGUCAAUUGAAAACGUGACACAAUGAGUAAUCUAUACUAUUAUUUGAUAAGUGAAUUUACUUCCUUGUCAUAUUUUCCAUGAUCUUAGUGAAUUUGUUUAGUUGUCAUAUUCUCCGUGAUUUUAGGAUAAGUCAUUAGUUUAACUUAUAAUAUUAUUUAAUUUUUUUAUUUUAAUAUAUAAAUUUAUCAUAAUAUUUUAAGAUAAUUAAUAAAUAUUAACCUAUUCUACCUAUAUAUAUACUAUUAUUUUUAAAAUUCUAAUAUAUAAUUAUUAUGAUAUUUAAAACAUUUAAUUAAAUAUAUAUUAACAAUUGAUAUUAAUAAUAUCUACAUAUAGUAUCAUAAUUAUGUUAAUCUUAUAUUUAGUUUAUGGUUUUAAUGACUAUUAUUAUAGCCAAUUUUCUGUUUUUUAUUGAAAAUAUUGUUCAAAAUACAGAUUAUUAUAAAUUUAUAUAUAAAUAUACUAAUAUAUUUUAAUUAAUCGGUUUAUUCGGUUGGAUGGGUUAAUAUCCUAAACCAUGUCCAUAUACUAGAGUUUUCAAAAUAACACGCAUUUGGUUUAUUUGAUACUACCAAAUCAAAACUAUUUACUUCAUUUUGGUUCGGUUUUAAAUGGUUCAGUUUUACCGGAUUGAAUACUUCUAGGCUAUUGUUAUUUUGUUAACAUUUUAUAGGUUAUAAUUAAUUAUAAUACAUUCAGUCCAAAUACAAUAAGUAUUUAAUUUCAAAUCCAAGUUUCCUAAUUUGAUUAUUACUAUAGAAAAUAUUUUUGAUCCAAAAUCCACAUCCCAUAAAUAAAAAUAUGAAACAAAAGAAGGUAAUUUAACACAUUGAUUACCAGUAUGAAUAUUGAAGUUUUAUAAUUUUAAUAUUAAUCUAAAUUUGUAUCGAAAUUAUUAAAAAUAAAUAUUAGAAUUAAAAAUUAUUAGAUAUAUAAAUAUAUUAGUCUGCACAUGGUGUGGGACAUCAACUAAUUUUCCUAUGUUUUGAUUUUGUGUAAGUUAUAGAAAAUUCUCCUAUCUUUGAACCAAAAAUAAAAGUUUGGUCUCAUUAAUUGGAAUUAGAAAAUACAUAUGUUUUAUUAAAAAAAGAGAGCAGGUUGACCCUAAAAAAAAAGAGCAAAAAUAAGACGAUAUAUCAAAUGUGUACUACUACCUGCUCAAUCAACAAAUAUAUUUCUUAGACUGUUGUGGUCUUGAUCCAUUGUCUAGUCCACUUUGACCACUUCAAGAAUGACUCAUACACAUAUUAAGUUUUCAAUGCUGAAAUCAUUCUCUUACAAAGCAUCUUAAUCAGAUUAAUUGAAUAUCUAAGGAUACUAAUAACGGAAGUUUCUCAUUGUAUUUCGUGGAAUUACUUUCUGAAAAAAAAGUAAGAGAAAUAUGAAAAACGGGUUUUAAUUUAGAUACUUUAAAAUUUUGCUAGAAACUUCCAUUCUGUAAUUGUACAAAUUUUCUUUUAGUUUAAAAUUAACCUACUUAUUUUAAUAUAAUUAUUCGUUAUUAUUUAUUAAUAUUAUAUUAUAUUAAAAUAUUUCUUUUAUCAGUGAUCAUGCCUUUAUAGUUCUAUUUAAUUUUAGGUUUUGUCAUCUAAAGAUUUUUUUUGUUUGGAAAUGUAUAUUUUUGUUAUAAAUCCUUUUUCAAGACAUACAAGGUUGUGCUAUUAUAACCAGGAACAAUAUCUACGUACUACAUCUACAUAGAGGAUUCACCAUUCCAAACAAAAAAAUGACAUGUUUUUUUUUCCAAAAUUAUUUUCAGUUUCACGAUUACAAAUUUAGAAUGAGUUCUGAUAAUUGAGGAUAUUUCAAAAGAUUACAUAAUUAUCACAGCAAAUAUUUUUAUAAAAUUUUGUCAAUAAUUGUAAAUUAAUUCCCCAAUAAAUAAAUAAUAAAAUGAGGGAGUAGUCUUCGCUUGACCUUAGGGGUGGGCACUUUACCCGAUAUCCGAAGUGGCACCUGAACCCGAUCCGAAAAGUCCGAACCGAAAUCCGAACCGAAAUAGCAAAAUACCCGAACGAGUAUUGAAUAAGGAGAG